GACAGUGAGCGCACGCGGUCGGUCACCUCCAUUUCCCCCUCCCCAUGGGCUCCGCAGUCUGAUCUUUGGACCUGAUCGGCCUCAUAUAGUCCCGGUAGAUCGCCCGGAGCACCUCGAGAGGGACUACUGCUCCCGAAAAUAAGUUUGCAGGGGAGGGGGAUGGGGGGGGGGUUCUGCACAGCUUCACAGAGAAGACCCGAUUUCCGCUCCGAUCUCUGCUGCCAUGGAUCCGAUUCCGGACUCGCGAGCGAACUCCGCACAAAUCAUGACUUUUCUGUGAUCCGCUUCCAGAGGAGCAGAAGUCGCGGAUUUGUUGACUGGAGGAAAAGGAACGAGAGGGAAGAAAAAGAACUAACACUUAAAAGUAGAGAUGUUUAACUCCAGAUGCUUGAUUGCGUGCGUCGUGGCUUUUGUCACAACAUCCCGGAGUAUGGAGGCGAGUGACCGGGAUGGAGAGGGAUUCCUGGAGAACAUUUUACACUACUAUGGUGAAAAUAAAUCCAUUUCCGCGGAGAAUCUGGAGGAUUUACUGCUGCUGAUCUCAAGCAGAAGGUCUGAGUCGGUACCUGGGGAAAGCCCGCUGGCAAACCAAGAGUGCCCCUCAGCAGAGCAGAUCUUGUCCCACUUUGGGUUCAGUAAUGUCAGUCAGCUGACUGUGGGACAUCUGGGGAGGAUCUGUCCCGCUGUGUUGACCCAGGUGCUGCUGCCCUCCUGCCCCUACACCGCCACCAAAAGUCUGCUGCCUGUUGACACCACUGUGUGGGGUUACGGGUUCCUGGCCGUCACUGUGAUCAACCUCGCGUCUCUGCUCGGUCUCCUGCUGAUACCCUUCACCAAAAAACCGUAUUUCCCCAAAGUGCUGACCUACUUCAUUGGCCUGGCCAUCGGGACGCUCUUCUCCAAUGCUGUACUCCAGCUCAUACCAGAGGCCCUGGGUUUUGAUCCCAAAGCGGACAACUAUUUGGCGAAUGCAGUUGGAAUAUUCGGCGGGUUUUACCUCCUGUUCUUUGUGGAGAAGAUUCUGAAAAUAGCUCUGCGGAUGGAGCACGAUCAUGACAACAGCCACCUCACUCCUGCAGAGCCGCCUCCGGAAAACUCCCUUCACAACGGAGACAUAAUGGAGAAAAGGGACUCGGUCAUUUUGACCAGCAUCAGCACCAUCGCCGCAGACAAGAGCAGCCCCAACCCGGAACUUCCACACACGAACAUGACACCUUCUCAGGAACCUGGUGUGACAUGCCACUGGCUGCGCGGGCAAAGCAUGACCAGCAUCAAGACGGUGGCGUGGAUGAUAACUCUGAGCGACGCGCUGCACAACUUCAUCGAUGGUCUGGCUAUCGGGGCUUCGUUCACCGUGUCGAUAAUGACGGGGUUCAGUACGUCUACUGCAAUUGUAUGUGAGGAGUUUCCCCAUGAGCUGGGUGACUUUGUGAUCCUCCUGAACUCCGGUAUGAGCAUCCCCCAAGCCAUUUUCUUCAACCUGCUGUCAGCGGUUUCAUGUUACGUCGGCCUCGUGUUCGGAAUCCUGCUCGGGAGCAACUUUGCCCCCAAUGCAAUCUUUGCCAUCGCAGGAGGAAUGUUCCUGUAUAUUUCACUGGCUGACAUGUUUCCAGAGAUGGAGAGCAUAGCCCGGGAAGAGAAGCGAACUUCCGCCAAGAUCGUCUUCUUCCUGAUCCAGAACGCAGGGCUGCUGACCGGGUUCACCAUCAUACUACUGAUCACCAUGUUUGCAGGACAGAUCAACCUGGGCUAGAGGAGAGGAAGACACAAACUGGAAAUAAAAAAUAGUCACAAGCUGCUUUCAUUUCUGCUCACAGCUCAGUCGUCUGGGCAGGAAAGUGAAUGUAAAGUGAAUGUUUUGUACAAACAAAAUUAAAUGUUUAAAGGAAAAAUCACGCUUUUUAAAAAAAUCUUUUGACUAUCAAUUUAGUGGAGCGUUUACUCCAUAAAAAGGGGAAAUCUUACAAUCAUUUUAUGUAUGGAAUCUAGACAAAUUUGUUUUAAGGAGAUAAUAAAUUAUUUUUUCUGUCCUCAUAUAUUUUGAAAUAUCUUACAUUUAUUGUACCUCAGUGAUGCUGCAUUGUAAACUAACAUAUGCUGUGUUAUUGUGACGAUUGUCAUUAUUUGGCUGUUAUGGCAGCAGAGUUUGACCUCUACGUUUUGUGACCUCCCGGACCUUCACUGGCUGUUUUUCAAGGUUGCAUAGCUGGAGCUUUUCCCCCAUUCACUUGAAGGGGAAAGUGGUCUCGGUCUUGUGGAGCCCACUGUAUGUUUUAAAGAAUUCACCGUGCUGUCUGCCAGAUUUUAGACGCUGAAAAAUGUUAAGAUUUCGAUGACACCUGUGGGACUGAUGCAUCUCAUCUUCCGUGCUCCUGUUGAUCAAAAUAUGACUUUCUUUUACAAGUAUUAUACAAAAAAAAAAACUAUCCCAACAUACACACAUGGAAAAAAACCCCUCAAUAUAACACACAAUAUGCCUACCCUGUGAAACCCCCACCCAAGAAGCUACAACAAUACCUUCAAAAUGUAAAAUGAUCAACAAUAGGAAACACUGCACAAUAUAUAUCAUAUAUCAGUCACUCCAAUUUUUCAUCCCAGUGACCAUAGACCAUAGACCAUUAGUUUUAAAUGAAUAAAAAUGACAUCUCUCAACCAACCGCCAUGAGGGCUAACAGGCACGUGAAUGUAACAACUUCGUAAAUAUUCAUAGACCAUGACAUGAACUUUGAGGAACUUUUUUUUUUUUAAACUGGUGCUUGCCAUGUAGAGGUUUACACUUUUUGAGUUUUGGUAAAAAAAAAAAAAAUUUUCCUCAUCACUUAUUUACAGUACACUGAUGGCCUCUGAGUAGCAGUGACUGUAUGAGUAAUACAAUUAACCAACAUGGGACAUCGUAAGUACCAAAGAGUACAGAUAAAAACUUCUCGACAAUGAAAAUGGACCAAUUAUAAACAGUAUUUUUGCAUUGUUCAUUCAUUUACUUUUAAUUUUUAUUGUUUCACAUUUUCUCUCCUUGUAUGCAAAUCACUUUCUUUCUUUUUUAAGAUUAUAUUGGAAAUAAAGCCACUAAAUUUGGGGAUUUCUUAACAAAAAAAGCUGGUAAACUACAGAAUUUCUUUGAAUUUUUAUGUAAUUUAGUUUUGUUCAUUUCACUUUUUUACUGUGUAUAGAGGUAAAAACAAACGGUAACAAUAUGCUGCUUUUAUUGCAUGCAUAAUAUUGUACGGAUAUCUCUGUUUUAUAAUGUGAUCAAAUCUAAAUUGUAAAGAUAGGAAAGCAGAAACACAUUUCUGCUACACAAGGUUAUGUUUAUUUAGACUUUCUCUCAGUGUUAUGCUUUCUUUUUAAAAUUACUGGAUCAUUUAACUUUUUUGGGACCCUGAAAAAUAUUCAAAAAGGAAAAAAAAAAAUCCAAAGACAGAGGACAUUGGUUUGUUUUAAGGGCUCAAAAGCCAAGCCACUUGCUAAAUGAUUAAAUACUGUCUUGUUUCUAUAUGGUAACAACAAAAUAGUUAACUCUCAAAUUUGUAGAACAUACAUGUAAUGUAAUAAGUGAUUUAAUGUGU